CUCCAUAUCCAUGACUCUAUGUCCGUACCCCCGUGACUACAUAAGUCAUUCCUCACCGGUGACUUUGCCUCAACUAAUCUGAUAUUAUCAUUAAAAAAACAGAUAUAUAUAUUAUAUGGUAUAUUUGAUGGACUUCACGAUAACAACUUUCGCCUAAGUGCUUGUACUCCUCAUGUCGUCAUCCAAAGUUUUGCUCAAGGGUGGCAACCUUCUGGUACACGAUGCCCAAGGUCAUGUAGUGCCUACUGUGGCCGACCUACUCAUAGAGGGUCAGCUUAUUUCUCGCAUAGCAGAAGACAUACAAGCCUGCUCUGGGGCGAAGGUUAUAGACUGCCACGGAAAGAUCAUCAGUCCAGGUUUCAUUGAUACUCAUCGCCACCUCUGGCAGACGCAGUACAAAGCCUCGCACAGCAAUCACACACUAAUGGAGUACAUCCCAGCAGGAAACAUGGUUGGAGCACUAUGGUCCGCCGAGGACCUGUUUUGGGGCCAAUUGUCGGGGAUUCUAGAGUCGAUUGACGCCGGCACGACAACCGUGGUCGACCAUUCUAGCUGCAACCUAACCCCAGAUCACCCCCAAGCCGCUCUCCAGGCUUUAUUGUCAGCGGGAUUGCGGGCAAUAUAUUGCUAUACACCACCACGACGGCUCAAGUCACGCAAUCCGUUCGUUACUGAGGAUGAUGUCUCAGAGGAGACCGUCUCAGUCUACCAGAAAUUAGCCCGUGCUGGACCCUUUGGUGAUGGGAGACUCCAUAUUGGGUACGCGAAUGAUAGUAUUUGGGCUCCAGCGGAGGUCAUCAAGCCGCUGUAUAGAAGAUUGAGGGACGAGGCAGAAGGGAAAGCUAAGCUGAUCACCACCCAUGCCAUUGGGGGCCCGAUGCGAGGCAAGAACGCACCAACUGCGAUUGAGAUCUUAAGUUCUCAUGGAUUGCUGGGUCCGGAUAUCUUGUUGUCUCAUGCCAACUGCCCACAUGAGAGUGACGGGAAAUUAUACCAGAGGUCGGGCGCCCAUGUAUCCACCACUCCGAAUACCGAACUGCAGAUGGGCUGGCAACCAGUGGCUCUGCUCGAGGAUCACUAUAACAACGCCAGCAUCGGGGUGGACUGUCAUAGCUGGGGCGUUUCGGGGAUUCCCGGCCAGAUGCGACUUUUGCUUCAAGCGGCUCGCAAUGACCGGGGUGUGGAGCUCAAGAGAAAAGAGUUGUGGUCCCGAAAAGUAGGCUUCUCCGUGGAACAAGUCUUCAACCUGGCUACUCUAGGUGGUGCUAAAGCAUGCGGCUUGGAAAGAGAGAUUGGUAGCCUGAAAGAAGGUCUCAAAGCUGACAUUGUUAUCUUUGAGAGUGAGACACCGGCUAUGUUGGCCGCAGCCGCGGGAGAUCCUGUAGCGGCUAUCGCAUUGCAUAGUAACCCAAGUGACAUCAGCACUGUUAUCAUUGAUGGCAUUGUCCGAAAGGAGAAUGGGCAGUUGACAGAAGUCGGUAUCGUUUCUGCACCAGAUCCGGCUAGAAAUGUAGCAAAGGUUGAUUCGAAGUUUUCCUGGAGCGAAAUCGCCAAGCAUGUUCUGGAAAGCCAGAAGGCGGUCAAAAGAAAGGCGGAGGGUCUUGAUUUUGCCAAGACAGAAGAUGCGUGUAUUGACGGCUGGUAUCUUGACAGGGAUGCUUUACUAGAGGAUCAAUAGUUCUCCAAGUAUAAGACCCUACUCAUCUACGCCUAUCAUAGUCUAUUUGAUGUCUUUUGAACGUACAUAUGUCCCAGUUAUAUCUAUUCUACGUUUUUGAUGGAAGCUUGUGGAGUAUCCUGCUGAGUUUGGCAGCCGAAGCGACGAAUAUGACACCCAGGUCCUAUGUAGAGCUCACAGCAAGACAUAACGACCCCCUGUUUGGGAGCCUGUAUGGCGCGGUGGCGCGGCGCCACGAUCUGCCAAAAUGGCGCCGAUAUCGUAGAGUCGGGUAAUCUUUAUAGACUUCCGAAAGC